GUAAUGCGUCAUUACGCUUACGUGAGUCGAGACGCCACUCUCGCGUGAUGAGACUUACGGCGCAGGGAACACAGGAGGCUAGGAGCCUGCAGUUAACAGUUUUGCGGGAGCUGUUCACAUAACAAACUUGUGGUAGUUGGGGGUUAUAAUGCUCCAUGGGAACAAUCCCCAGGAUACCCAGCCAGCUCCCAAGCCUAGCUCAGGAAAUGAUGGAGACCAGCAAAGGACUCAGAAAACUACUCCGCCGUCUCCUGCACAGUCGUUUACACCAACAGUCAGUUCACCUGCACCCCAGUCUCCAAGUUACCAAAUCCAGCAUCUCAUAAUGAGCAGGAAUCCUAUGCCUGGUCAGAAUGUAAAUAUCACCCUACAGAAUGUAGGUCCCGUGGUGGCGGGAGGCCAGCAGAUAACGCUUACCUCAUUGCCAAUAUCCAGUCCUGCUUCACCAGGCUUCCAGUUCAACACACAGCCCAGAAGGUUUGAGCAUGGUUCUCCAUCUUACAUCCAGGUUACCUCACCAGUAUCUCAACAGGUUCAGACUCAGAGCUCUACACAACCCAAUACUGUGCCAAUUCAAGCACUACAGGGUGUCCGAACAGGAACUUCAUCAGCCAGUUUGGGUAUGUGUAGUCAGAGUCCUACUCGUGGUUUUGUGGAUGCUGGUUUACUGGUAAGGCAGCUUAGCCUUGGUCCUUCUAAUACAGGGACCUUUGUUAUUCAGGAGGGUUCUGGAUUAACACAGAUUGCACAAAGUGCACAGGUGCAUCUUUCUCCUGGAACUCCUACAGUCCCAGCACACAGUCUUCUUCACUCCAAUUCACAGGCAGUUGGCCCUGUACAUCAGUUUGGGUCACAGAGUUCUGUGGCCGGUUCAGUUAAUGUACAGUCUCCAUCAACUCCAAGCCAUUUAACCACCAACUUAUCACAACAGCUAAGCAGUAUUAUCCAGGGUCAGAUUAUUCAACAACAACAGCAGCAGCAGUUACUCCAUGGGCCGCAGGUUAGUAGAACCUUUAGCUUUGAUAGGACUUCCAGUGGGAUGAUAGCUGGUAUAUCUGGAAAUUCAGCUUUUGGGAUAACAUCUGCAGCUACUCCAACAAGUCCAUCACAAGUGACUGGUCCUCAGGCAUUUUCUAGUCUUCCCCUUACUACAGCCCCAGGCACCACACUGAAAAAGCAAACAAAAAAGCUUGAGGAGAUACCACCUGCUACUCAAGAAGAUGCUUUGCUAAGGAAGCUUUGUUUGGAUCAUCACCACCAACAAAUGCAAGCCCUAAAGGAGACCUAUACUGAAUAUUUGAUAGAACUAUUCUUCCUACAACAUUGUCAAGGCAACAUGAUGGAUUUUUUGCCUUUUAAGAAGAAACGUAACAUAUAUCAGAACUUUCUUAGGCAAAAUGACUUGGAUCUAGAAGUAGAUGAGGAGGAAACAGAGAAGAAUUCUUCUCAGGCUGUAUAUGUCCAGACUCCUGAUCCUCCUGCAAGUUCAGUGAUAGAGGCACCAGCUGACAUGGAAAUCCAAGCCUCCGAUCCAGCAAUGAAGCAGUCCCAGUCACCAAUGGUAACUCUUGGCCUUCCUCUGCUUCCACCUGUUACAGCCCGAAGUGUGAUGGAUGCUGGGAUGUCCCCCUCUAAACAGACAUGUACUUCUGUUGCUAACAAGCAAAACGAUGCUGCAAAGAUUUCCAUGUUACAGAAUGCUGCGGGGCCACAAUCACCGUUCAGAACCCAGCUGCCUACAAUGCCAGUCUCUUCUGUGCAGACUGCUAUGCAUCUUGCACAGCAGCAACAGCUUAUUACAGAGGCCCAUUCCCAGACUAUGGUGAAACAGUCUUCUGGCCAACCACCUUUGCACAACCAAAGCGCUCAGCCUUCUCAAGAGAAGAUGGUAGAUCAUUUCUCCUCCUUGAAACAGCCUCCAGUGCCGGCCUCUGCAUCCAAGAUGGGCUCGGACUCUGUUAAAACUGCAGUUUCUGUAGGUUUAAAACCUACUUCUUUAACAUCCCCAUCGCCCAGCAUUCCGGAUUCUGUACCACCUGCUGUUGCUGUUUCACCAAAGAGAAUAUUAUCACCUGGUGCCAGCAAAGCAGUAUCUCCUGCCUCACGGUCCCCUGGAUUGGCAGGUCCCCAGUCUCAGGAACCUCAAUGCCUUGCACCAGUUCCUGGGGAUGCUCAGCAAGAAGCUCUUGUUCCAAAACCAGUAGAACAGGAAAGCCAUAUCCAUCAGCGCAUUGCAGAGCUGCGAAAGGAAGGCAUGUGGUCACCAAGAAGAUUGCCCAGGCUUCAAGAGCCUUGCAGAACUAAGUCUCACUGGGACUAUCUUCUGGAAGAAAUGUCAUGGAUGGCUGCUGAUUUUGCCCAAGAGAGGUUGUGGAAGCAGGCUUGUGCUAAGAAGCUGGUCAGAACAGCUGCUAGGCAUUGCCAAGAGAAACAGCAGAAAGAUGCCAGAGCCAAGAAGGAGGAUGAAGACCGAUUACGACGCAUAGCAUGGUUAGCAGCCCGGGAAAUACAGUACUUUUGGUCCAAUAUAGAACAGGUGGUUGAAAUAAAACUACAGGUAGAAUUACAAGAAAAGAUGAAAAGAGCAUUCUCCGCGCAAAAAAAACUACACAAAGGUGUUGAACCUAAAAAGCUUGAUGCGCAGAAUAAAGUGGACCAAGCUAUUUCAGGGACCAACAUUAAUCCUGAGAGUUCCAGAGUGGAGAAUAACGAGAAUGCUGUGAAAGCAGAUGGAAACCAGAAAGCUGUGAUUUCGAUAGAGGCCCUUUUGACUAUUGAAGGUUCCAAUACAACUCCGCUAGGAGCACGAAAACAUUGCCGUGACAUUGCUGAGGUUGCUGCUGCAGCUGAACUUUUACUUCCACGAGGCAGUUCUCGCAUCUCUUGUCUUGUGAAAACCAGCCAGCUACCUCUACUCCAUGGCACCCUCCGAGAGUACCAACAAGUUGGAGUGGAGUGGUUAGUAAAGCAAUACAAGAAGAACCUCAAUGGGAUCCUGGCUGAUGAAACAGGCCUUGGGAAGAACAUCCAGGUGAUUGCACUGUUUUCACAUCUAGCAAGUAAUGAAGGAGUUUGGGGACCAUACCUAAUUGUAGCACGCAGCUGCAAGAUAUUAAAAUGGGAGUUGGAACUCAAACGCUGGUGUCCAGCUCUAAAAAUUCUUUUGUAUUUUGGCAGUCAGAGUGAACUCAGAAGAAAGAGACAGACAUGGAAUGAACCGAACAACUUUAAUGUUUGUAUUACCUCAUACAAGCAGUUCUUUAAGAGCCAUAAGGCUUUCAAGAAAAUGAGGUGGAAAUAUCUAGUUCUGGAUGAAGUACAUCAAAUCAAAAACAUGACAGAAAUGCACUGGGAGGCCAUCUUAAAUUUACCAAGCCAGCGCCGGCUGCUUCUCAGGGACAACCCACUGCCCCACACAUGGAAGGAACUGUGGACCAUGGUGCACUUCCUCAUUCCCGGCUUGUCCAGGGCAUACUUGGAUUUUCCAGUGAAUGAAAAUGACCAAGAUCACGACUACAGACACACAAUUUCUAUUAGAUUGCACAGGUCAACACAGCCCUUUAUACUACGGCGGUCCAAGAGAGAUGUAGAAAGGCAGUUAACAAAGAAGUCUGAGCAUGUCCUCAAGUGCCAAUUGUCUAACCGCCAGCGAGCUCUCUAUGAAGAUGUUAUGAUGCAGCCAGGGACACAGGAUGCUUUGAAAGGAGGACAUUUUGUCAGUGUUCUCCAUGUUCUAAUGCAAUUGCAGAGAAUUUGCAACCACACCGAGCUAGUGGAUCCCCGCCUUAAACAUUCCUCUUAUGCUCUUAAAGCCAUUAAAUACAAAACAGCGUCUCUAAUCCUUCGUGCAUUGCUGCGUGAUCCAUGGAAGAAUGUGGAAUUGGCCUCCCUUAAUUUGAUUGGGAUGGAGAAUAAUAUGACUCGUUUUGAAGCGCAAGUGCUUCCUAAGCAGAAAGUGACCAGGAAAUUGAUUCAGGAGAUCUAUAAUUCCCCCAAUCCACCUGUAAGACCCAGUCGUGUUAAAAUCAAACCAAGCAGGCUGUUUGAGCCAGUUUUGUAUGGACAAAAACCAGAAGGACGGACAGUUACUUUUCCAAGUGCUCCACAGACACGUACAGUGACUCAAACUACAGCCACUGUCUCACAGCAAGGACAAGUGAGACGUUCACCUGUCACAACACCUGCUGUACCUCAGGGAGCUAAAGCACCUGCUACCCAGGGUCACACCCCUCCUGUGCAAGUGGGAGCCCCCAGACCUCAAGCUCCAGCUGCCUUUGCCACAGCUGCACCUGUAAGGCAGCUAAGUCAGCCCCCCCAGCAGAACAUACCAUCCCCAAGGCUGGUUCUGAGCUCUCAGGCGCGAUUACCAACUGGAGAACUUGUCAAGAUUGCUCAGUUGGCCUCUACAGGAGGUGCUCAAGGCAGGGUGGCACAGCCUGAGACCCCAGUUACUUUGCAGUUUCAAGGAAACAAAUUUACUCUGUCCCAGAGCCAGCUACGUCAGCUCACUGCUGGUCAGCCUUUACAGCUACACGGUAAUGUUCUGCAGAUUGUUUCAGCUCCAGGGCAGUACCUUCGUCCACAAGGUUCUGUUGUUCUGCCAACCAUGCCACAAGGUACAACAACAAAUACUGUACGAAGCCAGAAUCCAGUGGGAGCUCCCCUUCCCAGCACAGUGUCAUCAACAGGACUUGUUGCGGGGCGAAAUGUGCAGACUUGUUCUACAACAGCUGAUUCAGUGCCCAAAUCCAAUCAGGCUGUAGUGAGUCCAGCUCAGGAAUCUGCAGAAGAAAAGCAGCGUGUGAUAAAAGAGCGCCUGGAUCGCCUCUUCUUCUGUAAUGAGCUCCGUUGUGCAAGAGCACCCAUCUACGGAACAGACUUAUUAUCUUUCUGCUCCUUAAACUCUCCUGGAGCUUGGCCUCCUUCACAGGGCACAGUAUGGAGCUGGACAGGCUCUGUGAACUGCUUUCUAUCCUCUCACUCCCCUGAGAACUCAAGUGAUCUACUACGGCACCUUAUUCCAUCCCAUGAUCAGCAGAAGGCAUCCUUGGAACCUCUUGCUAAAAGCGCUCUCUGUGUGGUCCCACCGGUAGUAGCAGCUACUCCAGUACUAAUGGUACCGAAUCCUCCUCCUGCAUACAUUCAUAGCUUAAAGAGGCUAGAACAUGGUCUGAGGGAUCAGCUUGCUCCUGUUCUACGUGAACUGAGAGAGCGUACCACUCCUCACUGCUUGCCAUUUCCUGAUCUUAAACUCAUCCAGGCUGAUUCAGGAAAGCUGGAAGCCCUUGCUGUCCUGCUCAGGAAGCUGAGAUCUGAAGGCCGGAGGGUUCUUAUCUUUUCCCAAAUGCUUCUGAUGCUGGACAUCUUAGAGCUCUUUCUGGACUUCCAUUCUCUGACCUUUCUGAGAAUUGAUGAUAAUGCCAACUCCGAGCAGUGCCAAGACUUGAUGAAGACUUUUAAUAGAGACCAACGAAUCUUCUCCGUUCUCUUGUCUACUCACAUUCCUAAUCUGGGGGCAUACCAAGUGGAGGCAGACACAGUUAUAUUCUAUGACAGUGAUUUGAAUCCUGUUAUGGAUGGAAAAACCCAGUCUUGGUGUGACCUUGUUGGAAGGUCAAAGGAUAUACAUGUAUACAGACUUGUUAGUGCUAACUCAAUAGAAGAGAAGUUGCUGAGGAAUGGAACUAAGGAUCUGAUUAGGGAAGUGGCUGCUCAGGGCAGUGACUAUUCUUUGGCCUUCCUAACACAGCAAACUAUCCAGGAGCUUUUUGAAGUCUGCUCUCCUUUGGAAGACUCUGGAGUAAAAGCUGAAGAGUUUGUGCUGCUAUCGCAGGAACCAUCACCUUCUGAUACAAUCACAGCUAAAGUUGCAAAACCAUUUGUGGAGGCUUUAGUUGAGAUUGAGCACAUCAACGAGGACAUUACUGACCCAGUGGAAGAGGAUGGGCCAAAUGCCAAUACUGGUAUAAGCCAUGCAGUUAAUGGGGAACCAGUUGGUCUUUCAGAACCUUCCCAGUUCCAGGAACUCGUUGAACUCAUGCAGCAGCUGACUCCCAUAGAGAAGUAUGCACUGCAUUAUCUGGAAUUAUUCCAUAUCCAGAGAGCUGAAGCACAUGAUGAAUGCACUGAGGAGAAGCUAAAUGCUGCCAAAAGAGAGUGGGACUCUAAACAUCUGCGAGAACUUAAGGAACGGGAGGAGGUGCAGUGGGAAGCAGAAGAGGAGGAGCUACUGACUUACACUCGGGAAGAUGCAUAUAACAUGGACUUUAUUUAUGAUGGAACAGAUGGACAGACUGAAUUAAUGCCGGUCUGGACUCCACCGACCCCACCACAAGAUGAGAAUGACAUCUACAUAGAUUCUGUUAUGUGUCUGAUGUAUGAUACCAAUCCCAUUGUGGAGUCUAAACUUCCUCCAGUUUAUAUGAGAAAGGAGCGCAAGCGACACAAGACUGAUCCAACUGCUGCAGGUCGCAAAAAGAAGAUGCGACAUGGAGAAUCAGUGGUUCCACCUCGUUCGCUGUUUGACCGAGCUGUGCCAAACCCGCUUAAAGUGCGGAAGGAGGGCAAGGAGCAGAAGAAAAACAUACUCUUGAAACAACAAACUCAGUUUGCAAAACCUCUUCCAACUCUCAUUAAGCCUGUAAUGGAAUCUGGGCCAGACAAUCCAGAAUGGUUAAUUAGUGAAGACUGGGCUCUUCUGCAGACAGUCAAGCAGCUCCUAGAACUACCUCUCAACCUCUCCGUUAUUUCCCCUGCUCACACUCCCAACUGGGAUCUUGUGAGUGAUGUGGUGAACUCCUGUAGUCGAAUCUACCGAUCAUCUAAACAGUGUCGCAGUCGUUAUGAGAAUGUCAUCAUUCCAAGAGAAGAAGGAAAGUUAUUGUAUGAUGUCAGUCCAAAGAAGAAGUCUGAAAACGUAUUUAAGACCAAGCCUUUACGGACUAGCCAGAUCUAUGCACAGGAUGAAGGCAUGACACACAGCCAGCUGUUUGCUACAAGAUUUGAACUAAUGAAGAUAAUCGCAGGGAAGAGGAGUCAGCCUAGCAAACCAGUACUUGGAGGCAAUCCAUUCCAAAAGAACCCCAAGCAUGCUUCAGUUCUGGCAGAGAGUGGCAUCAACUAUGACAAACCCCUUCCCCCAACCCAGGUUGCAUCACUACGUGCAGAUCGUAUAGCAAAGGAGAAAAAGGCUUUAGUAGAACAGGCUCGAGCACAACAGCAGUCGGGCCCCUCACAACAGCAACCUCAGCAAAAUGGGCAACAACCAGCUCAAACAGCCACAGUGCAGCCAGUACAGAGCCAAACCCAACAACUUGCUGUCACCCAGUCCCAGGUGGUAGUACAGCAGCAGCAGCAAGUGACCAAGGCACCCAGUACAAACACAACUCCCAUCUCCAGCCCAGCACUGCUGACUGGUGCCAUCAAGACUACUGUGCCUGGAACUAACAUAGCUACAGGAACUGUCAGCGGUAAUGUGGUUGUGUCUGGGGUGCCUCCUACUUCCUUCCAGCCAAUUAACAAGCGCCUUGUGUCACCAGUGGUAACUGGGACUGUUUCUGCUUCUCCAGCAGCUACUACACAAAUGGUCCAGCAGAGAACAGCAGCUACUGCCACACUCCCCGCUGAGAUGGUGACCAUAGCAACUAGCCAGGGGGUACGGGCAGUUACUCCGGUAACUGGAGGAGCUGUUGUCACUACUAACCUCACUCAAGUACAGACCCAGGCUCGGGCCGUAGUAACCCAGGUGACAACAGCCACCACUGGAGGUGUCCAACCAACUAGUAAAACUUUAACCCCAGCCCAGCUACAAAUCUUCAGGAGUCAGCAAGCGAAUCAAGUGCAUGUUCCCCAAAUUCAGGCUCAGGCGUCAGGUCAAAUAAAGGCUGUUACCAAGGUGUCCCAGGAGCAGUUGUUAAAGCUGCAGAAACAGAAGCUGCAGCAGGUGGCACAGACUGGAACCCUGGCUGGCACAACACAAGUACAGGUUCAACCUCAACAAACUCAGCAGCUUGCUACAGUUACUGCUUCCCGUGCUGGAGCAGUCCUUGCUAGUACGACUAUGACCAAUCUGCAGGUGGCACGGCUGUUGCAGGCCCAAGGUCAGAUCCAAGCACAGUCAGGACAGACAGCGCAAGUCGCCCUGGCCAAGCCACCAGUUGUGUCAGCGGUUGUCUCACCAGGGGGAGUCACCACUUUACCAGUUACAGUAGCAGGAAUCAGUGUUUCAAUAAAUCAGCCCCAGAAGGUAGCAGGGGGUCAAACAGUUGUUGCACAACCAUUACAUAUGCAGCAAGUGCUAAAAGUGAAGCAUCCUACCCAACAGCAACAGAAAGCUCUCCAGUCACAGCCUUCACUGGGGCAGCAGAAGCCUUACCUUUCCCUCCAGAUAACUACACCCCAAGUAUCCACUGCAUCCCAGCAGCAAAAGGUCACCUAUACCACACAACCAGGGAUUAAAACUCAGUUCUUAACCACUUCCUUAAGUCAGGCACAGAAGGCAGUUGGAACUCAGCAAGUGCAAGCCCAGAUACAGGUUGCAAAAAUUCCCCAAGUGGUUCAGCAGCAAGCAGCAAUUGCCACACUUCAGCAAGUUGUGUCUGCAUCACAGCAGGUCCAGCCACAAACAGUGACCCUGACCCAAGCAACAGCCCCAGGACAGCCACAGGUGCAGAUGAUACAAGCCCAUGUAGUACAACAGAAGCUUCUACAGCAACAAGUCAUUGCAGCAGCUGCUUCACCACAGAUCCAGGCACCAGACGGUCAAAGCACAGUACCAGGUCUGGUCUCGGCAGAUGCGCAGAACCAGCAGGCCAAGUUGCAAGUCCGAACCCCAACUGUCAGGAUCAAAGCUCCCACUAAACCCAGUUGAGAAGCAAGUGGGACAUAUUUGAAUCAAGAAGCCAUGUUAACGAAUUCUUACACCUUGUAUUUGUUAAAGCCUUUGUGCCUGAGGGGGCCUUUGAAUAGUACAGGACCAUUCUCAAUCAAGGGGAGCAAGUCAAUGCCAGGGGAAAUAUUCUUUACUUCAGGGAAAUACUUUCAUUAUCAUCCAUUUUUUCUCGAAGAGUCAUUUCUUGAUUGCUCUGGCCGUCAUCAUCUUUAAAACUCUUUAAUUAUUUCAGAAUAUCUUGAGCUCAGGAUUCCAUUUGUCUGGCUUACUACAGACAAAUUAGCUCAUUCCUUCAGGACAUUCAGCUGGUUGAAGAAAGUGUGGAAUACUGUAGGCCAUGUAAACAAUGCUAACAUAUUUACUUGACUGAUAAAUCAGGUGUAUACUAUCCAUAGUAGCACAAAUCAUUGUCUUAUGUGAAGGAACUGAUCAGUGCUACUGUUGCACAAAUGCACACGCUUAUUACUUGGGGUAUUGUAUGCAUGCUUCAUAAAAGUGUUCAGAAAAGGCAUGCUACACAAAAAGUUUGCUUACUAAGGGGAAAAAGCCAUAACUGGAAUAACAGGUUUCACGUCUGUGGCCUUUUAAAGGUGUGUAUGCCAAUCUAUGUACCACUAUGUGCAUCCUGUAAACUUUUUAGGCCUUUUUAGGGGCCAUUGUUAAGAAGAUGAUGAUUUUUGGUUCAGGUUAAAAGGACAAUACAGCGCCUAACUUGGUUUUUGUUAUUUUUUUAUACAGCCAUGGACAUUUUUGUGAGUAGAGUAUUUUAAAAGAAAAAUCAAAGCAGAAGUAUAGCUAAAUAAACAAAUUAGGUGUAUAUCCCUUAUCUGCUGCAAGGUGAUACAGCUUUUUUUGUUACCCUAAUUUGUUAUUGGGUGGGGAGUUGUACUAGUAUUCUUUAAAAUUUCUUGUAGUAAGUACCUGCUUUUUGUUGUUUUUUGCCAUGUACAGUCUAUAUGUUUUUAUGACCUAACAUAUUUCCUUCCCUCUUUAGCCUUUUUUCUUACCAAUAUAUCAAAGUAUGUUAGGUUACAUGGUUGUGUCCAGAGUAAUCUAAAUUAAUGCUAUAUGCAGGCAUUGCCUUUGCAGUUGGAGGUUUUUGUUUGCACAAUAACUUAUUUUUCAAGAAACCAUCAGGUAUAAGAGAGGACUAUGUAAAAGGGCCCAAGGUUUGCUCUAGGCAAUUUUUGUACCCUUCCAAAGAACUAAAAUGCAGAAAUUAAAUAUUACUGUGUAAAAAAUGUUUAACUUGAUUUUCUUUUUCUGAUUUUAUUUUCCAAGAAUGUUUUCUAUAAUAUGUAGUUUUUUUUUCUAAACUAUAUUGUCUUGUUAAUUAUAAAGUAUAACUAAACCAAAA